AUGAACAAUCUACAAGUCAGGAUGACCAUCUUCCGUACUUAAUAUCCUUUCUUUUUUCCAAUGUGCUGUGAUGCACGCCCUCAAGACCGCAUGACUUGGAUUCCUCUGCUUCUUGAUAUGUUAGGAAGAAGGUUUCUCUUUGCUGGUUUCUUAGCCCUUGUUUCCCUCGUGACAGUCCUUCAAAGUUGCAGUGCACAGGGUACACGUCUAUGUGCUCCUUCUUCCUGUGGCGAUGUAAAGAACAUUAGAUUACCUUUCAGGUUGAGAACCGAUUCAAAAAACUGCGGUUACCCUGUCUAUGAGCUAUCUUGUGAGAACAAUGAAACAAUAUUAUACCUGUUCUCAGGCAGAUACCGAGUUCUGUCUAUCAACCACCACAACUCCACAGUCAGAGUAGUAGAUGCUGCUGUUGAAAAGGGAAACUGUUCGUCCGUCCCCCAAUUUUCUCUAAGUGGAGCCAACUUCACUGAUGCGAAACAUUGGUUCGGAUACGAUUACGAAGUGCCAAAGGCCAUGAUUGUGUUUAUGAACUGUGCGAAUCCUGUAAAUUCUACUCUUUAUGGGGAUGCUACUUCUUGCACUAAUGGAAGGUAUUCUCAUAUUAUGGUUAGUAGGGAUGAAAUGAGUAAUGUGGAGAACUUGUGCACGAUAGAGCUGGUUGCUAUGUCUUCAUUGCUGCUGCAAAGACAUGGAAAGAAACUCUCCUAUAUGGACAUCCACAAUCAGCUUGCAUUCGGAUUUGAGCUUCGGUGGUUUGAUAUUACUUGUGAGUUUUGCCAUGGUGAUGAAAAAUGCUACCCUGUGGGCAGCACUUCUCCCUGCAACUCGCACGGAGUGUUUGACUCGCUAAUUUCCCAUAUCAAAUCAUUUCUCUCCCAGCUUAAAUACCUUAGCUGGUUGAUUCUUCUAAUCUUAGCAUUGCUGCCUGCAGCAAAGUUCGUAUUCUGCAGUCCUUUUGCGUUUGCAUUCUUGAUCUAUAAGUGGCGCAAGAGGCAUUUAUCCAUGUAUGAUAAUAUUGAAGAGUUCCUGGAAAGUCAAAAUAACUUCAUGCCUAUAAGGUACUCCUACUUAGAUAUUAGGAAAAUGACUAAUAAUUUUAAGGAUAAACUGGGAGAAGGAGGCUAUGGAUCAGUAUACAAAGGGAAGCUUCGCAGUGGUUGUCUUGCAGCAGUAAAGAUUUUAGGCAAAUCCAAAGCAGCAAAUGGCCAAGAAUUCAUGAAUGAAGUGGCAACCAUUGGAAGAAUUCACCAUAUUAAUGUGGUGCGACUAGUAGGUUUUUGUUUUGAGGGGUCGAAGCGUGCUCUUGUAUAUGAAUUCAUGCCUAAUGGAUCUCUUGAUAAAUACAUCUUUUAUGAAGAAGGGUAUGCUUCAUUAAGUUGGAGAAAAAUGUAUGAGAUUUCUUUAGGAGUAGCACGUGGUAUUGAAUAUUUACACAGAGGUUGUGAAAUGCAAAUUCUACAUUUUGAUAUCAAGCCUCACAACAUUCUUCUAGAUGAGAAUUUUACUCCAAGAGUUUCUGAUUUUGGACUUGCUAAAUUAUAUCCAACAAAUCAUAAUACUGUCUCUCUUACUGCAGCAAGAGGAACAAUGGGAUAUAUUGCACCUGAAUUAUUUUACAAGAACAUCGGUGGUGUUUCAUUCAAAGCUGAUGUUUACAGUUUUGGAAUGUUGCUAAUGGAAAUGAUUGGCAAAAGAAAGAACUGGAAUCCGCUGGUAGAUCCCUCUUCCAGCCAAGAUUACUUUCCCUUCUGGGUUUAUAACCAAAUGAGUAAUGGAAAAGUAGAACUUGGAGAUGCCACGGAUGAUGAGAUGAGAAUAAGAAAGAAGAUGAUUAUAGUAGCAUUGUGGUGCAUACAAAUGAAGCCGAGCAGUCGUCCUCCCAUGAACAGAGUAAUAAACAUGCUUGAAGAAGAUUUAGAAAGUCUAGUUUUGCCUCCCAAGCCUGCUUUUUAUCCAGAGGAGACGCCAUUAAAGGAUACUGAAGACUAUACACAUGAAGAAGGAUGGUCAUCAUCUUCAUCUUCUAUGUUACUUGGCUCCACAGAAACACUUUCUGUUGCCAAUAUUUCUCACGUUUAGCAUAGUUAUAGAUUGUAGAACUAAGUCACAUUUUUACACGUAAUACAAUAAGUUUCUUUAGUUCUAGUUUUGUUACUUAAAUAUUAUUACUUAGUUUAAAGACACUUAGUAA